UUUCUAUUUAUUCCGUUCUUUCCGAAACCAGAUUUCGAGAGUGCGGAACCUUUCCGUGCGGACGAUUUUAUAAUCGUAUUUAAUCCAGUUAAUCUAAGUAUUUUAUACUUUUAAAAGUUUCAUCAUGCCUCCCAAAUUCGAUCCCAAUGAAAUCAAGAAAGUUUACUUGAGAUGCGUUGGUGGUGAAGUUGGUGCAACAUCUUCUCUCGCCCCGAAAAUCGGUCCUCUUGGUUUGUCGCCAAAGAAAGUUGGAGAUGACAUUGCCAAAGCAACCAACGACUGGAAGGGUUUGAAAAUCACUGUACAACUGACUAUCCAGAAUAGGCAGGCUGCCAUAUCGGUUGUGCCUUCGGCUGCAUCUUUGGUUAUCAAGGCUCUUAAAGAGCCACCAAGGGACCGAAAGAAGCAGAAGAACAUAAAGCACAGUGGAAAUCUUGCAUUUGACGACAUUAUUCAAAUCGCUCGUGAAAUGAAACCAAGAUCUAUGUCUCGUCAACUGAGUGGUACGGUCAAGGAAAUCCUAGGUACUUGCCAAUCUGUUGGUUGCACCGUUGAGGGAAGACCACCGCAUGACAUUAUUGACGAUAUCAAUGCUGGCGAGAUUGAAGUUCCAGAAGAAUAAAGACUUUGAUUUGACAACAGGGCUGGAAAUAAAGAAAAUUUUAUUAAAAAAAAAAAA